GUGGAGAGAGGUAGUGAAGGUGUUGACUGUCGAGUGGUUACUUGCUGCGCUCUGCAAAGCUACAAGAAGUUGCUAUUGACUCCUGAUCAAUUCGCAUACCAACUGUUGGCUAUCGAAACGUAUGAAAUCUGAUGCUCUGUGUAUUUCCAACGAUAAUCACGUGAAGUUACGGGAAAUAUCGUUGCUUAGCUUUAUUUAAUUUUUUUUUAUUUGGUUAAACGUCACUUCUUCAGUUGUGGGGAAUAAUAUUGAGACAUCCUACGAUUUUUUUUUCAGUUUUUCAACAUAGGCAUAGGAAAACAUUGGUUCAUACGCCAUACCGAAUGCUUUGGUUCAUUCCAAAAGCUGUGGAUGUGUAUCUAUAUAGAAACCGUGUAUUCAAAAUUGUGGUUCCUUGGUCACUGAAAUUGUAAAAAAUUAUUUCUGGUGAACGAAUUCAGAAACUUUUAGUAAUCAUAGCAAUUUUUUUUCGUUGUUUAGUACUUGAAACAUAUAAUAUAUAGAAUAUAUAGUGCAUUGUGCUACACACAGCUACAGUACCUAUUGUGAAUUUUAUGUCCUGAUCAGGAUUGUGUUUAUAGAAACUGCAGCUGAUCAUGUGAUUGGUUUGUUCUGAAAUCUAAAGCAGGAAAUAUUGAAGUUUGGUGCAACUCUCGGCGAGCCUUGCAGGUGGUGCGUGCGGCGAUGGCUGUGAGGUGGUACAGCGCAGUGCUGCAGGUGGCGCUGCUAUACCAGCUCUGCGUCAGCUCUACCGGCGCUGUGAAUACACAACUGCCCCCUCGACUGAGCGCGAGUACGAGCGAGGUGCGCGUGCGUGAGGGCGAGACCGGCGUGGUGCUCGAGUGCAUCCUGGACGUGGGCGACGACCCCAUCAAGUAUAGGUGGCUCAAGAAACACCUGUGGGUGACGGGCACGCUGGGGUAUUCGUACCGGGGGUACAAGCGCCUGCUGCUCGCCCUGCAGACCAUCAGACCAGACCACGCCGGCAAGUAUGUCUGCGAGGCCAGCAACGCUGCCGGCACUCACACUGCAGAGAUCAACGUCGUCGUCGACGCUGUGGAAGCGACGCCGCCGCCCAAUGAUGUGCCCAUGCCCAAGACCAACGAAGUCCUCAGCGAAGUGGCGGCGAGUCUGAGCGACGCGCUGGCUGAAGGCGACUGCGCCUGUGACGUCAUGUUCCUCAUACACGCCUCGCCUGACGCGCCUGCUGACCUCGUCAGCGUCCAGGCGAACCUCGUCAGCACCAUCGCCUCCAGCAUAGUUUCUGAGGAGGUUCGGGUGGCGGUGAUGACGUACUCCGACUACCUGGAGACGAAGCUGCCCCUCAGCGACGGCACCAACUCCUGCGCCCUCAGGAAGGCCUUCGAGGACCUCGACCACAAGAUGUGGUCCACCAAACUGCAGCCCGUCCUCAGGGAGGUCUUCAAGAAGUUCAAAAAGUCCACCAGAACCUGCAAACUUCUCUUCCUGCCCGUGAUGGGGUCAGCGGGGCAGGAGGGGCCCGACGUGCUGGGGGCAGGGCACCUCAAGAAGGGGGGAGUGAAGGUCUUCCUGCUGGAGGUGACGCGCUCCCCCAUCGCGGGGCUCAGGGACAUGGCGAGCACCCGCGGGGACGGCAAGCCCCUCCACUGGCGGGUGCCCCUGCCUGUCUGGCCCUCCAUCGUCACCUACAUGCAGUACAUGGCCUUGCCCCCUCGACUGAGCGCGAGCACGAGCGAGGUGCGCGUGCGUGAGGGCGAGACCGGCGUGGUGCUCGAGUGCAUCCUGGACGUGGGCGACGACCCCAUCAAGUAUAGGUGGCUCAAG